AGACAUCGCGGUUUCUUGAUCCUUCGGGCAUGAACGCAAUGUGUGCAACUCCCCUGAGUUCUUCAGCUAAUCUCUAACUAACUCUAGCUUCUGCUUCUAGCGGGGAAGACGUAGCACAAUUCGUAGCCACCGAUCAAAACCCAUUUCUUAAAUCCCACUAUUUCUUCGAGUCUCAAUCUAUAAUUCUCCAAAUCCGCAACCAAAAUCGAUAAAAGUUCAUGUCAUUGCCUGGCAGUUCGUUUGAUCUUUGAAUUCAGAGUAAAUUGCUCACAGAAUUCGAUUGAAGCAAAGCUAUGCUUGCCAGAAGGCGUUUAGCGGAGCUGAUAAUCGGUUUCAAUUCGGAAACUAGGAGAAGAAGAAGCCGAUUGUUGUCGAGCAAUUCAGGGAAGAGAUUUGCAGCGGUUUGGGGAAAUGGAGAUUUCGGGAGGCUGGGGCUUGGAAAUUUGGAUUCUCAGUGGAGGCCUGUUGCGUGUUCUUCCUUUGAUCGCGAAAUUCUCAAGGAUAUUGCAUGUGGUGGUGCUCACACUCUGUUCUUAACAGAAUCUGGACGUGUUUAUGCUACUGGUCUUAAUAAUCUUGGGCAGCUGGGAAUCCUCGAGGAACAAGGCUAUUGUACUGAGCCUGUUGAAGUUAGAAUUCAGAAAGAAGCUGUUCAUAUCGCAGCUGGUUAUAAUCACUCUUGUGUCGUUACAGCUGAUGGAGAACUGUAUAUGUGGGGGAUGAAUUCAAGUGGGCAGCUUGGUCUUGGAAAGAGGUCAGCGAAAUCCGUAUGCCUACCUACUAAAGUAAAUAGCUUAGAUGGGAUCGUGAUUAGGAGGGCUGCUUUAGGUUCAGACCACUCGAUGGCUGUUACUGAUGGAGGUAAAGUCUUAAGUUGGGGAGAUGGACGAUCAGGAAGAUUGGGUCAUGGCCACGAGUCAUCAUUAUUGGGGUUUUUAAAAAGCACCAGCGAAUAUACGCCCAGGCUAAUUAAAGAACUUGAGGGGAUUAAGGUUAAACGGAUUGCUGCAGGGAUGCUGCACUCAGCAUGUGUAGAUGAAAAUGGAGCUGUUUUCAUAUUUGGUGAGAGAGCAACAAACAGAGUGAGCUUUGGUGAUGCAAACAAGGAAACAACACCAUCAAUGAUCAGCACGCUUUUGAACUGCGAAGAAGUUUCCUGUGGUGGUUAUCACACGUGUGUCCUAACAAAAGGUGGGGACCUGUACAGUUGGGGUUCGAAUGAGAAUGGCUGUCUCGGGAAUGGGUCCACGAGUGUCUUUCAUCUCCCCGAAAAAGUCGAAGGUCCCUUUUCAAAAUCUCCCGUAAGCAAGGUAUCUUGUGGAUGGAAACAUACAGCAGCAAUCUCAGGUGGUGCCAUUUUCACGUGGGGCUGGGGAGGUUCCCACGGAACGUUUUCGGUGGAUGGCCAUUCGUCUGGGGGUCAGCUGGUAUGCUUCUCUUGCAUUUAUUUUCUUGUUAUCUAUGCUGCUCAAUUGGAUUUACUGCUGGAUUUGUUUAGAGUUGGUCGACAUUUAAUGUGUAUGCUUGAAAUCUACGGUUUUGUUAGACAAUCUAUUGCCGUUGGAGAUGGUUUCAUUUGAAAAUACUAAUGACAGGCACAUGGUUCAGUGGCAUUGGAUCUCUGCCCUGAACGUACUUAUUCUUUAUAUGAUCAAACGAUCACU